UUUGUCGUGCAAGUCACAGAUUUUUUUUUUCUUCUAAUGUUCCUACCGUGAUUUAUGGCAGAGCUGAUUUUCGCACCCCUAGUGAAUUUUGCCAGCACUCUGCAGCACUUCAGAGCCUCCCACUGGGCAAACCUGUCCCGGCCUGAGAACCCUAUCCCGUCCUUCCCCGUUCCAGAUCCUCGGUACCACUGCACACAACUCGAAGGCAGAAGCGUUAAUGAGAUGUGGGGUCAUAGCAAAGGAAAUACGGAGGUGUUAACGAUACUUAGGAAAAUAGGAUUUAAAUACAGAAAAUAUUCAGCACCCACAAUUUCAGAGCUAGUUGUAAGAGCUAAGGAUAAAGUAGUGCGUGAAACAAUGGAUCCAUCCUUGUGAGAGAGACUUCUGAUACGUGAAGUUCUCCUGCACGCCUUGUUUCUUUCAGAAGACGAGAGUAAAGACGCGUUUGGGGCCUAACACUUCGCUGGCUAAGUCAGAUUAAAUGCCUGCUCUACAGCCUUUGGGGGUGUGAUUUAAUGAGAAAGGAGUUGUGUAUUAGGUAUGAGGUAUAGAAUCACAGAGAUGUCACGGAUUUUAGAACUGGGAUAUUCCAGUCAUGGUCAAGUCAGGAACCCUUUCUGUAAUGCUGCUGAUGAAGAGGGCUGGAGGCUGGGUGAGGGGGAAUAGGACAGGAAAAUGGACGGUGUAUAACUAAGCUGGAAAACAUGGGGUUUCGAGUAGGACAAGGAUUGAUAGAAAGGAAAAACACUGUAUUACUUUUAGCUGAUCUUUUUAGGUUUACAAAAGAUACCGCGAGAUUCAAGGAUGAGUUAGACAUCAUGAAGUUCAUUUGUAAAGAUUUUUGGACUACAGUAUUCAAGAAACAAAUUGACAAUUUAAGGACAAAUCAUCAGGGCAUCUAUGUGCUUCAGGACAACAAAUUUCGUUUGCUUACUCAGAUGUCUGCAGGAAAACAGUAUUUGGAACACGCAUCCAAGUAUUUAGCAUUUACAUGUGGUUUAAUCAGAGGUGGCUUGUCAAACUUGGGGAUAAAAAGUAUUGUAACAGCUGAAGUGUCUUCAAUGCCUGCCUGCAAAUUUCAGGUGAUGAUACAGAAGCUGUAGAACAUUGCGGAAUACAAGCUUCAACAGUGUAAAGAGAUAAAUUAUGUGUGAAGUAUUCAAGUAGUAUGAUUUAACUACAUUGUUGGACAUUUGUACAGAACUGAGGGUGUAUUUUAUUAAUCUAAUACAAAACAAGUUAAAGCAGAUAAAGGGACAUCUACUAUGACUUACACUUUACUGGAACUAUUCAAAAUGAAAACCUGAUUUCAAAUAACUAGACUCCAAGUUGUAACUCUUUAUUUUAAAUAUUGUUGUUUGCUUAGAGUGAUGUGUAUUUAACCAUAGAUGGAAACACAAAACUCAGGGUUUGUUGAGUUAGCAAAGAAAAAUAUGACCAAUCAGAUCAUUUGUGUAAGAAUUAAUAAAUUUUGAUAAAGUGGGAAUAUCAGUUAUUUUUAAAAAAUACACUAAGUUAAGCUUUUUAUUGCUUAUAAUUUAUUUGAUUUUGUUUGUAUAAGGAUUUCAUAUGUGUAUACAUUGUAUGUCUGUCUGCCUAAAUUGCUUAAAACCUUAAUUUCAUUUUAAUAACUUUCAGUCUUUGAGACCUUCAUUAAUAUAAUAAAAGUGAAGUACAUGAUAGUUUAAAUGUUAAUUUGGUGACAUUAGGGCCAAAGAAUAUUAGGUGUGUUGGGAAGGGUGUGUUCCUGUUAGUUUUUCAACCUCCUGUGGUGCAUUGGAAGUUCUGGUAAAGGUUCAAGCAUCAAUAUUCGCUUGUCUACUCUUCUACAGUGGACAGAGGGUUAGAUAAUAGACUCAUUCAUGGGGCCUUAUCCAUUGACAUUUACUGGACCAUAUCUUCUCAGUGGGUUGGGGUCAGUGUUCAGCUAGUAUAUCUCUUGUAGCACCUUCUCCAGCCUCCCCGCUUUCUUCUCAGUGAUGAUGGUUGGGAUGUGUGGACUGAAUCUGCAGCCUCCUGGUGACUAUGAAAGGACACACAUGAACGUAAAAGCCACCACCAUGAAAAUAGCAGGAUGCAGACGGAAAGCACCUGAAUUGUGCUUUAGAAUAACUAAUGCUGAAGCUGCUUUACCUCUGGAAUUUUAUUAUGUAAAAUAUUAAAUUCCUUAUUUCAAUCCA